GGGUCCGGAGCCCCCUACCCGGCCCCGCCGCCGCCAGGCUUAACCCGGGAGUGCGGGGCAGAGGACUGCGAGGGCGUUAGAACCCGGGAAGCUGCGCCCCAGCUUCGCAUCUCCGCCACCGCCCGAGCCGUGUGACCUGCAGCCACACGCAGCCUCUCCGGCCUCAGCUUCUGCUCUGUGAAUUAGGGGGCGCUGACCUACCCGAAGGGAGGUGAUAAGUCACUGCGCUCAGGCACCGAGGGGAGGUGGACCGGAGCGAAGCCGGGCUGGAACCGCAGCAUUUAGGGCAACUUCGAUUUAGCGCGCCCGUGACGCCCAACACUUGUCUCAAGUGCUGGGUCAGACAGCUUGUCUUUUGCCCUCCACUCCGUGUGCCCCCUGACGCCCUUCUCUCCCUCCCUCCAUCCGAUCUCUGGUCCUUUAGCUUCUGCUUGGCAGUGGGCAGCCUACCACUUGACCAGCUCUUCUUAGCUUAAAGUUCUCAGCUUAAACGGCUUUUCCUUCGGACGACUUCCCUAAGCCGACUCUCUGCUUCUUCGAGGCUCUGCACAUCUGCUCCCUGGCCACAGCCCGCCUAGCAGGGGUUCAGUCACUAGCAACUGCCCGAAAGAGCAGGAGGGAGGGAGUGACAGGCGGUGGAAGGCUCCAUCUACGAGAUUUCUGGGAAUGAGUGCUGCCUCUCCACAGGGGACCUGAUUAAGGUCACCCAGGUUUGCCUCCAGAAGGUUAUCUGUGAGAACCUGAAGAUGAAUGAGAUCAUGGAACUCUCUCCCAACUUCCAGGGCCACUUCAGCCCCCUCACCUCCUCUCAGAGCUAUGGAACCAUAGAGGAACUGAUCACUGCUGUAACUCAGAGCUCCAAGCCACUGCCCAUUUUCUUCAUGUCGACUUACAGCAUCACCAUAAAGAGCAGGGUGGUGCCCGAGGACCAGCCCCUCUUACUCGAGGCUGUGGAAAUGCACCUAGGGACCUGCUGUGCCCGCUGUGUCCUGAGCACGGAUACACAGCAGGUCGCUCUGCGCCUGCCUCUGUCCCAGAAGGGGCUCUUCUGGAUAUGGGAGCCUGGUAUCCCCCGGACGCUGCUGCAGGCUGUGCAGGACCCAGCCCUGAGGGACCGCCCCGUCACCUGCCCCACCCUGCCCUGGAGCUCGCUAUUCCUGAAGCCCCAGUAUGAGAUCCACGCCAUCAUGCAAAUGCGCAGAACCAUCGUCAAGAUCCCCUCCACGCUGGAGGUCGACGUGGAGGAUGUCACUGCCUCCUCCCAACAUAUCCACUUCAUCCAGCCGCUGCUGCUGAGCGAGGUCCUGGCCCGGCGAGGCCCCUUCCCCCUGCCCAUGGAGAUCCUGGAAGUUCCAGAGGGGCCCCGCAUCUUCCUCAGCCCAUGGGCGGGCUGCUUGCGGCAAGGCCAGAGACUCUGGAUCUACGGCCAGGCCUCACCACCCUGGAGGGUCCUGGCCUCAAGCAAGGGCCGGAAGAUGCCCAGACACUUCAUAAUCUCCGGGGCCUACCAGGGCAAGCUGCGACGGCGGCCAAGGGAGUUCUCCACGGCCUAUGACCUCCUGAGUGCUCUCAAGCCAGGCCAGCCACUUCGGGUGGUGGCCACGAAGGACUAUGAGGGCGAUGAGGAGGAGAACCCUGAGCUCACCUCCCUGGCUGUGGGUGACCGGCUGGAGGUGUUUGGGUCUGGCCAGGCCUGUGGAGCCCAAGGCAAGGACAUAGAUGUCCUGGUGUGUCAACGGCUGAGUGACCGGGCUGAGGAAGAAGAGUCUGAAGAGGACCAAGAAAGGAUUCUGCUGCCUGUCAACUUCCCUGGUAGCUUUGUGGAGGAAAUGAAUGAUGGCCGGCGCUACAGCCUGGCAGAUCUGACUGACCAGUUCUCAUUGCCCUGUGAGGUCAAGGUGGUGGCUAAGGACACCAGCUACCCGGCUGACCCUCUGGCUUCCUUCCUGGGCCUGCGGCUGGAGGAGAAAAUCACAGAACCUUUCUUGGUGGUCAGCCUGGACUCUGAGCCCAGGAUGUGCUUUGAGAUCCCUCCUCGAUGGCUGGAUCUGACUGUCGUGGAAGCUGAGGAGCAGCCAGGCCAGCCAGCUGAGCCUCCUCCCUUAGCCGCAGUGGAGGAGCUGACAGAAGCCUUCUACUAUCAACUUCGGAAGUUAUCAGCCUGUGAGAGCCAACCUCCCCCACCCAGGCCCCCCAAAAGGCAGAGCCCCAGUGGGCAGAAGAGACAGAACAUCAAGAAGGGGGGCAUCAAGUCUACUCCAGUCUUAGGACUGGAGCAACACCCUCUCCUGCCCAAACCCAAGAUGAAGACCUCCAAGGACAGCUCAAAUGUGUACAGCAUGUUUCUGGCCCACAAGAACCUCACCCCCACUAAGCCGGUCACACGGGAUUCAGAUAAGGAAGACCAUGAAUAUGAAGAAAUACGUGAACGCUUGCAGAAAACCAUCUAGGUGCUAAAGGAACCAUGCUUCCUAUCAGGUGCUUCUCAGGAAGUCACAGAGACACCAGCCAGCUCUUACAAGACCUUGGAAAUCAGACUGCAGACAGAGAAUGGCUUUCCAGGGGAUGAUUUGAACCAGGAUGGGCACUGCACCAGCUUUCCUUGGGUCCUAGGCUCCUAGCACUGAGGGCUGGCUCAUCUGGGCCCAGCACCUAACAUGACCCCCUCAGCCUUGGAGCUUUCAUAUCCAACUGGGUUCUACUCAGUCUCGAAACUACCGGUUAGUGCAGAGGAAUUAAAGUGGCAGUCCACCUUGUGCUGACUGCCACCCAGUAAAGUGGGCUUGGUCCUGA